UGCAAGGCGAGUUCAGUGUAGCAAAACAAACUAACCAAAGACGUUUACAUUUGUCCUCGAUGAAAAAAUAAAACGAUAUAUUAUAAUUUUAUAUUUCUUGUGAAUCCUUUGUAAUCCACAACAUAAAGACAAGCCUAUCUAUUAAAUUAAUUUAUAAAAUUUGCCUAUAAAAAGAAUGUCGCAACAAGAUAUAUUAGUCAGUGUAAAUAACGACAAGGAUAUGUCAACAUCAAAAACAAAUUCAUCAUUACGUCUUAAUCAAGAGGAUUUAAUUAAUCCAGAUAGAGAUUGGCGUGAUCAUGAUAAUGAUUCGGAAAUAAGUGAAAAUGAUUUUUUAACAAAAGGAGCAUUUUUAUUGACACCAAGUCAUGAAUUAUCAAUGGAAAAAGCAGCAACAAUAUGUGACAAAAUGAAUUUUCGUGGUCCAUUUUCAUUGACUAAAACAGCAACUGGUAUACUUUUUAAAUUUAGUAGUAUUGAUGAUUAUCAGGCUGUUUAUAAAAAAGGAUUUCACAAAGUAACUGGUGCAAGAUUUUAUAAAAAAAUUGCAAUACCAUGUAGACCAGCUAAAACAUUUACUGUUUAUGUACUUGAUGUACCAGAAGAAGUACCAGAAGAAGAUAUAAGACAUGCACUUUUUAAGUAUCGUUCAAUUGUCGAAGUUAUUAGACUACCAUUAAAUACUGGAACUGCUGUCAAAACAAUUAAUGAUAAAAUUAAAGCUGAAACACAAAAUACAAAUGAACCACCGACAAUUUAUACUGGACCACCAGUUAUUCGUAUAACACUUGCAAAUGUUGAAGAAACAUCAAUGCUUUUGGGACGUGGUCUUGAUUUUUAUGGUGCAACAUAUUUUCCAACUGAAACACCAAAUUCAUCAACUCAAGGUUUUGGAAAAUACAAAAAUAGCAGAUGCUUGGAAUUAGCUGCUGUUGGUGCUGGUCAACGUGUACGUGAUUUAUUACCAGUUUUUGAUAACUCAGGAUUUAGUAAAUUACCACCACCAACAAGCAGAAUAAUUAAACCACAACGUAAUUAAAAUAUAUAUGUAUAACUUGAAGAAAAUUACGUAAAUGUUUUAACUACCAAUUUUCGAAAAUUCAACAGUCUACAUUUUGUAAUUCUCUAUAUAAAUAACAUUCUUUUGUCGUUUGUUCUUCAUGACACGCGACUAGAGAACGAUUCGUAUUAAGGGAGUUACAAUUAAGACCAACCCCGUUUAUUUUGACUGUCCUUUCUCAUCGAUCCAUGACCCACACUAAAGACCCAGGCAAUUGUUUAACUGUUUCUGACAAGUGGCGAAUAAUUACUUAUUGUUUUUUCCUUUUUUUUAUUUCUUUUUUCUAAACUUUAUGUAACUUAAUAAAUUUACUAUUCAAUUUUUAUUACAUCUAACAUAAUUAAUAUAUGUAAUUUUUAUUGUAGAAUAUUUUAAAAAAGCAAAUAAAUUAAUUAAAAAAAAUUAAUUGAUAUUAUUUUUUUAUUAGUGGAUAAUAAGAAUAGAAAUAUACACACAAUGACUCAAGCUAUGACGUCAAAUUCAAUUACACAAUAACAUGAACAUGCUGUCCUCGAAAUCCCUGGGCGGUCAAUUUCUAGUGAAUCAUAUUGGAAAAUAAUAAAAUUUCUCCUCUACUAAUAAUACUUCUUUUAUAUUUUAUUUUAUUUUUUUUUUUUUUUUCAUGAAAAAACGAUAAGUACUAAUUACUUGAAAAUAGAAAGAAAAUUAUAUACAUGAAAAAUCCUAAUAUAAAAAGGACAAACAUCAUCGGUCUUCCGGACAUUUGAUUGGUCAUUGUUUUUUUCUCACUUACUCUCAUACAAAUUUCUUUCUGUUUGCCUUUUUCUAUUAUUUUUUUAUUUAUUUCGUUAGCAACGAAAAAACAACAAAAAAAAGCGAGUAAACAAAAUUUUUUUUGAUAUUUUUUAUAUUUUUUUUUUUUAAAUUGACAUAUUAAGCUAGCACAACUUUUUUAAUAAUUAUUAGAUCUUGAUGCAAUUAGGCUUGGAAUUUUGUGCAAAUUAUGUGUUUUUUAUGUGUGAAGAAAUAAAUUUGAAAGAAAAUUUUUUUAAAUAUUUUUUAUAAUUUUUUUAAAAAUUGACAUAUUAAGCUAGCACAACUUUUUUAAUAAUCAUCGGAUCUCGAUGCAAUUAGACUUAAAAUUUUGUGCGAAUUAUGUGUUUUUCAUGUGUGAAAAAAUAAAUUUGAAAGAAAAUUUUUUUUUUAUUUUUUACAUUUUUUUAAAAAAUUCAAAUAUUAAGCUAGCACAACUUUCUCAAUAAUCAUCGGAUCUCGAUGCAAUUGGGCUUAGAAUUUUGUACGAAUUAUGUGUUUAUUAUGUGUGAAGAAAUAAAUUUGAAAGAAAAUUUUUUAAAAUGUUUCCUAUAUUUUUUUUAAAAAUUGACAUAUUAAGCUAGCACAACUUUCUCAAUAAUCAUCAGAUCUCGAUGCAAUUGGGCUUAAAAUUGUAGGCGAAUUAUGUGUUUUUUAUGUGUUGAGAAAUAAAUUUAAAAGAAAAUUUUUUUUUUAUUUUUUACAUUUUUUUAAAAAGUUCAAAUAUUAAGCUAGCACAACUUUUUCAAUAAUCAUCGGAUCUCGAUGCAAUUGGGCUUAAAAUUUUCUGCGAAUUAUGUGUUUUUUAUGUGUGAAGAAAUAAAUUUAAAAGAAAAUUUUUUAAAAUAUUUUUUACAUUUUUUUAAAAAAUUCAAAUAUUAAGCUAGCACAACUUUUUUAAUAAUCAUCGGAUCUCGAUGCAAUUAGGCUUAAAAUUUUGUGCGAAUUAUGUGUUUUUUAUGUGUGAAGAAAUAAAUUUGAAAGAAAAUUUUUUUUCUAUUUUUUACAUUUUUUUUAAAAAUUCAAAUAUUAAGCUAGCACAACUUUUUCAAUAAUUAUCGGAUCUCGAUGCAAUUGGGCUUAAAAUUUUGUGCGAAUUAUGUGUUUUUUAUGUGUGAAGAAAUAAAUUUGAAAGAAAAUUUUUUUAAAUAUUUUUUAUAUUUUUUUUUUAAAUUGACAUAUUAAGGUAGCACAACUUUUUCAGUAAACAUUCAAUCUUGAUGUUAUUAGACUAAAAAUUACGUGUGAAUUAUGUGUGAUUUAUGUGUAAAUAAAUAAAUUAAAAAAA